CAAACCUGGCAGGCACCGCCUUUGACUAUAACUUUAUAACCUCUCCAACUUUGUCCGAGUUGUUGGGCAAGGCUGUGGCGGUACUUGUGGCUUUUUUUGUGACGUGCGUGAAGUAAAUUGCAACAUAUUUCGUUGUGUCCUGUAGUUCAUUAGCCUUGAACCAUGCCUGCAGAGACAGUGAAGUCCAGUUGGGCUGAUGAAGUUGAAGAUGAAUCCAACAAAGGACCUCUUCCUCCAAGUACAGAAGUCUUUGAGAAUGGAUUUAAAAUUGUCACCGAAUAUAAAUUCAAUGAUGAUGACAAGAAGGUAAAAAUUGUUCGUACUUACAAAAUUGAGAAGAGGACAGUCUCCAAGUCUAUUGCUGCACGCAAGACAUGGCCCAAAUUUGGAGCUUCCAAGGAUGACAAACCUGGACCAGACCCCGCAACAACCAUUGUUUCAGAAGAUGUGUAUAUGCACUUCCUGUCUGCUAAAGAGGAGGAAAAUCUGAAAAUGGAAGAAGAUGCUUUGGAGAAGUUAAAAGCUAAUCCUGAGAAGGGUGCUGUUAAGUGCCGAACGUGCAAUGGAGAGCAUUGGACCUCCAAGUGCCCUUACAAGGGCUCUGAUGCUUUAGCCAAGGUUAACAUGGAUAAGAAACCCAUCGGCGUUCCUGGUGCUAUGGGUGAUAAGGCAGCAGCGCCUCAAUCUAAGUACAUCCCACCCAGCUUGAGGGAGGGUGCCAAUAAACGGGGAGAGUCCAUGAACAUGAAACGAGAUGACACACUGGCCAUCAGGAUUUCUAAUUUAUCAGAAAGCGUUGUUGAAAGUGAUCUUGAGGAAUUGGUCAAAACCUUUGGCCCCAUCAGCAAAAUAUUUUUGGCAAAAGAUAAAGUUACUGGAAACUGCAAGGGCUUUGCCUACGUGCACUUCAGAUAUAGACAAGAUGCCAGUGCUGCCAUUGUUGGACUCAAUGGCCAUGGUUAUGAUCAUUUAAUCCUCAACGUAGAUUGGUCCAAAUCUCAACCUAUUAACAACUAAACUAUCUGGUGCUUGUAUUCUUGUUUUUUUUUUUGUUUUCUUUUUAUAACAGCUAAUGUAACUUGUUUUCUAUUUCAUGGAUUGUUGGUGUGAAUCAACAGUGCUUGUCCCAUUCAAUGUAAUUAAUGUAUAAAUUACAAAUUAUUCCUCAUCUUAAAAAAAUAUUUGUAUGAAUUUCCUCUAUUGUCAGCCUUGCAGCCAAUAAAUCAUCAUAUAC